AUGGUGGCGGAUUCAGUGCUGCACACUUUGCUAGUUCUGAUGGUCUUCCAUUAUAACUGCGUUGCUGCAUUUGGAACAAAAAGUUUCGACUGUGGUCCAUAUGGCUUCAUAUGCGAAGGCAACAGCAAACUGCGACUCUGCGAGGGAGAAAACCUUUUAGGUCCCGCGUUCCUCUGCCCACCAAACACUAGAUGUAACGAAGAUUCCAGUGACGUCUGCGAAAGUACCCAAAACUAUAUGGACCCAACGCUAACAAAAAAUAUCCGUUGCCACAAAAACGAGAGAAUUGCCGAUCCUAAUGUCCCAGGGUGCAAAGGCUACAUUCUAUGCAUACCAAACAAAAACAGAUUUCAAGGUAUAAAAUUCAAGUGCACUGGCAGCACAAUAUUUAACGGAUACACCCGCGCUUGUUCUGCCCCAAGUGAGUACAAGUGUCCUUUACAGAAUGUCACGAAGACAGCUCCUCAGUUGUUUGUGGAAGAGAAUCGAAGGAUUGAUAGUGAACCUCACCACGGCAACGCGCCUCAGCGACCAAGGCCUAUAGAAUGCAAGAACUACAAGUUCAGAGUAACCGCUGACAGUGGCCCAGUGCGUGCAGCGUACUUCUGCCCGCCAAGGCCGGUCCGAGGAGAAACCUCCAUUUGGUGCACCAUCUUCUCAAGCAAGUUCUGUAUCACUCUCGAAAGAGAUGAUAGCGAUCAGUUUACCCAAACUUUCGGAGUCGCCUACAGGAAACCAAGAAAGCAAUAA